AUGCCAUUAACCCAACGAAAGACAAACGCUUCGUUCAAGCUGACAAAGACCAGACAACCGACGAGUCCACUAUCCAAGUUGCUCCCCAUGUCCAAUGGACCCCUGUGCAGCAAUAUCCGUACUGGUACCCAGAAACAACAACGAGAGAAACUCGUGGUGACGGUGGGGUAUUCGUUACUCUUUUUUUGGAUCUUCACGUUGGGAGGAUUCAGUUUUGGAGGUCCCCUCGAAGCUACCACCAUUAAGAAGAUCAAGCGACUGACGGGCAUGUCGUUACCCGUGGCGGCGGUGGGACAUGUCUUGACGAUUCUCGAUAAUGACAAUGACUCGCAGCAACAACGUCCAUUGGCAUCGUUUGCCAUUGAAAUUCUACCCAAUCCAGGCAUUAACCACACGGAUUCGGCAGCUGCCAUAUUUACCACGACGGGACCACACACAGUAGAAGUAUCUCUGAUGGGUCAGAGCGAUCGCAAACUGUUCAAAAGUGCAAAGAACCUACAACCACCCGUCCUACGAUUGGUGGGAGACCUGAUUGUCCCGAUACCCUUGUGGACGACCAAUCAAAAGGGACAAUGGACGGGGUCAUUCCUCUUGCCGGCUGUAGACAAUGCACAACUGCAGUUGGAAUCACAGUGGACCGGGUGUAUAGAUGACAAGAACAACAACAAACCAUGCAACAUGGAACAUUCCAAAGAAACAAAACUACAAACCAAAGUUACUCCAGAGUGGGAAUCAUCAUCAUCUCAAACACCACCCAAGAAUCCCACGUGGGCAGAUGCUGCUACCCUUUUUCCACCCCAUCAAGCAUGGAUCCAUGUCCAGCGAAUGGCCCAUCCACCGCUCAAAAUGGACUUGCAACAACAACAACCACACACACAACACUAUCUAUGGGGCAAUCUCGCCACACUCGACAAGGAAGAACCGUUUGGAGCCAUCAAACGAUUCACCGUCGCCAAUACACGGACAUUGACCGACGAAACCGACACUCACGUGGCGUUAUCGUCCACCAUUCGUCCUGCCUUUAAACCGCAAUGGUAUGAUUCCUUUUCCGGGUUGUCCAAUUACGAAAUUGUCUGUUGGAUCGGUGGCCGCACGGCACAAUUGCUGCACGCCACGUUCUUGAGUAUGCGGGGCGAUUUAUUUCCCGGACAACGGCCCUUCAAAUUCCAUUAUCAUCCUAUCGUGGACAGUCUCGAGACGCCCGAUACAAGCUGGAACGACGAAUUCAAGGAGAAGUUUCGAAAAUGCAAACACGUGUUUGUCAGUCUGGAUCAUGGCACAUCCGCCUUUUACGAAACGUCCAUUGCCGAGCCACUCUCGGCCACGGCGUUUGAACAACGGGUACUGACAUUUACACAACACUUGUUGAAAGCUUUUCCCGAUUCGACCUUUCCCAUUUGGAUGGUAUUGACACAUACAGCAGCAUCAUCGCCACUGAAAGCACGGUAUCAAGCCAAUCAUUGUUUUGAGGAUGGCAAAAACAAAGACAACAAAAAGAAGACUGACAAACAGCAACCACACAGUUUGGAACAUCCCUGUCAUACCGUCCUGCGCGGCAUGUUUACGGCCCCCCACAAAGCCGAGCUAUUCCCAGCCCAAGAUCAAAAUCGGAUUCGACUCAUGGACAAUACCGAUGUGACCAUGGCAACGGUCGAGUGGGAUCAUCCACGACCACUCGAUGUAUUGGCCGUUGUGGCAUUGCGACAAUUCAUUUUAAUUGGCAAACAAGUCCGCGAAUGGCGAGACAGUGGGCAAAUUGGGCAGAUUGAUGGACUGCAUCGCAACAAUACCAUUGUAUCGACCGAAAAGAAUUUGGUGCCGUAUCAAUGGAACACAUAA